ACUCUAGGGGCAGUGUGGCACAUUAUAGGCCUUCGCUCAGAGGAAAAAGAGGAAGCUCCAGCUCAGCUCAUCCGCUCCCAGUCACCGAAGCGCUCGUCUCAUCAGUUGUGUUUCCUCUGUCAAGGUCCCACAAGGUGAUUGCCAUGUCGCUGGCCAAGCCGAUGAUGCGAGGUCUGCUGGGAAAGCGCCUGCGCUUUCAUCUGCCCAUUGCCUUCGGGUUGUCCAUCCUGGUAGCCGCUGCCUUCAAGUACACAGUGACGGAGCCGCGCAAGCAAGCCUAUGCUGAGUUCUACAAGCAGUACGACGCCGUCAAGGAGUUCAACGCCAUGCGGGAGGCCGGAGUAUUUGAGAGCGCGCGGCCCUCUGGAGAUUAAAAACUGUCGAUUCCUGACACUCGUUCCUGCUGAGAUGAAUAUUGAGAUUGAAUUUACAUCUAAUAAAUGUGCAGCGUUUCAACCAA